AUGAAAAGGGGCGAAGACCUCGGCGACCUCCUGAUGGAUCUGGCGUUGCUUGUUCUCUGUCGUCAUGUUCAUCAGAAAGGUCAGCGGAGUCAGGUCCCUGGGCUUGUCAAGAAGUGGCAGGGUCAAAUCCUGGGUGUCACUGAGAAUCUAGAUAACGUGGAAACUAUUUAUGGUGGACGGGAGGUGAAGCAUAUGGACAUUCGCAGAGAGACAAAUGAACUUGAGGCAUCGAGGAGGGUGGACAGAUUCUCAUUGUCUUCAAGACUUCAGCCUAGCUGGCAUGAGAACCUGCCCCUCCAAGUUGAUGUGGAGGCUUCAAGUUCCAGCAAGCUCGAGGUCGAUCGGCGGGCUCGGCCGUUUAGCUCAAAUGACGCAUGGGUCAUUCACUGCUCCUUCACCGACCCUUCGUUCUUCUACUCCAUCCUCACCUUCAAGCUCCUCCCCAUUAAGGCCUUCACCUCUAACUCUUUCAACUUCAAAUUCUUCACCUACCACUUCCGCCCCGACGGUCAACCCUCGUGCUACUAUCGCUCCAGCUUCUAG